AUGGAGUCACGCGCUACAGAACUGCCCUCACUCUGGGCCGUUGCAUUUGGCGCUUCCGUCGUAGCAGGCCUCGCAGGUUACUUCCUGGGCACUGCCUCGUCUAUCGGUGUGUUUGGCAGCAACCCCAGCAGCGCGUCGUCAGCAGCACCGGUGCUCAGCCUGGAAAGGAACACGACGCCAGCGAAGAUGAGCACGACAAUGCAUCCGAAUCCGAUUUUGAGGACUCCGAAGAUGAUCAGGAGGUCAAUGGCUUCGAGGAUUCGACCGAGGAGUGCAAGCUCGUUCUCGUAG